CUACUACUGUCAAAAGUACCAUCAGUUGCAUUUUAUUUAAUGUUAUAUUUUUUUCCAGAAACAUGCAAGGCUUCUCUGACUUUGUCAAAAUCUGCUACCCUCCUGCAAACCUUGCCCAGGUAUCAAGGAAAUUCAACGAUGUGAUACGUCUGGUCUGCGGCGAUUCACCCAUGUUUAAUUGUUCACUCGUACUCACUGAUCACUGUUUUGCAAAUGUGGAUGAAUCGACGAAUCUGCAAGAUUACAUCGACGCAGAAGUAUGCGUGAAUACAACCUUCCCAAAAUAUGGCUGUGAUGGCCUUGUUCAUCUCGAAGCGCUAAAUUCUAUCAGGGCCUUCAAAGCCUAUAAUUUGGCAAGGGUGCUAAAUGGAACGAAUGGAACGAACGUGACUCAGCCUCUAAGCAACGCUACCUGCGGCUGUGACCCUGUUGCUGCAGUGCAUUGCGUCAUGGACGUUCAGCACAUGUCCAAGCAGCUAACACCGGACUGGAAUCGAGUCUGCCCGUGA